CAUACAUAUUAAAAAUAUUACGCAUCUCGCGUCAGACGUGUUUUGUUCAUUUAUUUCAAGAAGGGACAUUCCCGGUCCAUGUUUAACACAACUUUGUGGUCAAUUGUUGACAAUAUUUAGUUGACGUCUCACGUAAAACACCAUUUACCCACUUUCAUUUGCUGUGGAACGCAUAAGUCGAGCCUAUGCACAUAAAACCGCAACUUGUUCUCCUUCUUCUGCAGUUGUCGUUCGUUGCUGCUGCUGCUGAUUCAGUCGUUAUCUUGCUGCUCAAGUAGAUAGAUGGGGGUCAAGUGGCUUAAAAGUGAAAUCUGUGAUAUCAUUUAGAAAGUCUAGUGUAAUCGAACAUGAUUUAUAUGAAUUGUGUUGUCAAAUAUUUGGCGUUCCUUUAUUUCUUAUCAACAUGUCUGUACGCAUAUGGAGCACUAAUACCGAGCCCCAAAACACCAAAUGCAAAAUGUGGUGUUCAAUUAUUUGCAGAUCGGUGCAGAUUAUUGGUGGUAAUGUUACGGGAAUUUAUGACUAUCCAUGGACAGCUUUGUUGCGAUAUCGUAAUGAGCGGAAGCAAUUGGAAUCGUGGGGAUGCAGUGGAUCAUACAUAGGUGGCCGAACAAUUAUUACGGCGGCGCAUUGUGUGGACGAACAAUCGAAACGAGAUUUGGGAGACUUGCAAUUUGUACGACUUGGUGAAUACGAUACCGAAACAAAUCCUGAUUGUAUCGACUAUGGGGACGACAAAGACUGCAAUGAGCCACCAUUCGAUUCGGCAGUAAAAAAUAUUUUAAUACACCCAAAACGAACGGAAACAUCCAAAGAAUACGACAUUGCUAUUAUUAUUAUAGAAACGAAACCGCCAUACACAGACUUCAUUCGACCUAUUUGUUUGCCGGAUUUGGCCGAGAAGGACCUUUUCGAUCCAGAGGAAGUAUUGUAUGUGACAGGGUGGGGAUGGACAAUUGGAUAUGUUCGCAGUCCAAGCAAUGUUAAACGACACGUUCGUAUUGAGGCAGUUCAUCAUGAUGUUUGUCGUAAACAAUAUGAGAAAAUUAGUUUGAAUCCGAACUCGCAAAUGUGUGCCGGUGGUAAGGGUGGCCAUAAUCCGUGUAGAGGUGAUUCGGGCGGUGCAUUGAUGCGUCUUGUGCUCGGAACUUAUUGGCAGUUAAUUGGAUUGGUGUCAUUCGGGCCAGGAGUUUGUGCCAUAGAAGGAGUCGAUGGAAAAGCAGCCGUUUUUACAAAAGUCAACUAUUUUAUACCGUUCAUUGUCCAAAAUUCUCUCUAAAAAAAUUGUAUCACAAUAAUUCCGAAUUUAUUGAUUUCUACUAGCUGGAAGGAAGGAAAAAUAAAAUAAAAGACUUUGGUCUCAUUUAAACUUGUUUACUUCAAUUUUAUUUGUUGUUUUUGAAUUUAUAAAGAAUUUUACCUUACAUUCAAACGACUUAAAAUGUUAGAAAUAAAAUUAAGAAAUUCAAUAUUCAUUUCCA